CGCGGGGUCGGCGCCAGCGGGCUGCUGAGGUGGCUGUCGCUCGCUCGGAGCUGCGGGUCGAGCCCCCGAUGGAGGCCGGGGCCGCGGAUGGCCCCUCGGGCGGGGUCGAGGAGGCGCUCAGCUGCUUCUCUUUCAACCAGGACUGCACAUCCCUCGCGAUUGGAACCAAAUCUGGUUAUAAGCUGUUUUCUUUGAGCUCCGUGGAGCAGCUGGACCCCGUCCACGGAAGCAAUGACAUCCCCGACGUCUGCAUCGUGGAGCGCCUCUUCUCCAGCAGCCUGGUGGUGGUGGUGAGCCACGCGAAGCCUCGUCAGAUGAACGUCUACCACUUCAAGAAGGGCACGGAGAUCUGCAGCUACAGCUACUCCAGCAACGUCUUGUCCAUCAGGCUGAACCGGCAGAGGCUGCUCGUUUGCCUGGAGGAGUCCAUUUACAUUCACAACAUUAAAGACAUGAAGCUUCUGAAGACCAUCCUGGAUAUUCCUCCAAACCCGACAGGUCUGUGUGCCCUGUCCAUCAACCAUUCCAAUUCCUACGUGGCCUAUCCUGGGAGCCGGACGACAGGCGAGAUCGUGCUCUACGACGGACACGCCCUGAAGACAGUCUGCACCAUUGCUGCCCACGAGGGGGCGCUGGCCGCCAUUGCCUUCAACGCCUCGGGCUCCAGACUGGCCAGCGCCUCCGAGAAAGGCACUGUCAUCCGGGUGUUCUCGGUUCCCGAUGGGCAAAAGCUCUAUGAGUUUCGGAGAGGCAUGAAAAGGUACGUGACGAUCAGCUCUCUGGCUUUCAGUAUGGACUCGCAACUCCUCUGUGCUUCGAGCAACACGGAGACCGUGCACAUCUUCAAGCUGGAGCACCUCGCCAACAGCCAGCCAGAGGAGCCCUCGACCUGGACCAGCUACAUGGGAAAGAUGCUCAUGGCUGCGACCAACUACCUCCCCACCCAGGUGUCCGACAUGAUGAACCAGGACAGGGCCUUUGCCACCGGGCGCCUGGGCUUCUCUGGGCACAGGAACAUCUGCACCCUCUCUACGAUCCAGAAGCUACCGAGGCUCCUGGUGGCGUCGUCCAGUGGACACCUUUACAUCUACAGCUUGGACCCUCAGGACGGAGGAGACUGCGUCCUAAUCAAGACCCACAGCUUGCUUGGCUCAGGAACUGCCGAUGAGAAUAAAGAAAACGACCUCAGAGCUUCCUUACCUCAGUCUUACGCAGCAACUGUGGCCAGACCAAGCCCUUCUGCAGCCUCCACGGUGCCAGGUUAUUCUGAGGAUGGCGGGGCGCUCCGAGGAGAGGUCAUCCCCGAACACGAGUUUGCGACGGGACCAGUGUGUCUUGAUGAUGAGAAUGAGUUCCCCCCUGUCUUGGAAAGUCGAAGAUUCUUGUGGCGUUUUUAAUAUCUUUCAAGUGAUGAACUCAAAGAACUUGUUUUGUUUUUAUGCCACAUUUUCUUUGGGGUCACUUAUUCACCCUCAGGGCAAAUAAAUUUUUGUUCUUUAUUAUAUAAUUCUUUGGAAAGCUCUAACUUUAAAUAACUGAAUCAGGACUUCCCUGGUGGCGCAGUGGUUAAGAAUCUGCCUGCCAACGCAGGGGACACAGGUUCGAGCCCUGGUCCGGGAAGAUCCCACGUGCUGCGGAGCAACCAAGCCCGUGUGCCGCAACUACUGAGCCUGAGCUCUAGAGACCGAGAGCCACAACUACUGAAGCCCAUGCGCUUAGAGCCCGUGCUCCGCAACAAGAGAAGCCACCCCUAUGAGAAGCCCGCGCACCGCAACGAAGAGUAACGCCUGCUUGCUGCAACUAGAGAAAGCCCGCGCGUAGCAAUGAAGACCCACCGCAGCCAAAAAUAAAUAAAUAAAAUAAAUAAAUAAACUCAUUUUUUAAAAAAGAAAUUGAGUUAAAAAAAAAAUAAGUGAAUCAAAUUGGAACCCACACCAGAUCCCAGAUUUGGGUUAGGGUUUUUUUUGGGGGGGUGCGUGGGGGGGGGAGCUUGUUUUUCAUUCAUUAAAAAAAAGUGUUAGGGUUCCUACCAGAUGCAAGAUUCUGUGCCGAGCAUGUCAAGACAACAACGAUUAAAGAGCUUACAGAGGCUGAGUUUAGAGAGCUUAAAGCUACUAGAAGAAAGAAAAGAUGCACUUGAAUAACUGGCGUAUACGGCAGAAUGUGGUGAGUACCGGAGUUCUCCAUGUCCUACCCAGCUGGAGGACGAGAAGCAGUUCUCAAUCCAGGUGGCCUUAAAAGCCGAGAGGGAGUUUAACCUGGAGGCCAAGGAGAAGGACCGUCGCUCUUGGAGAACUAAGACUAGGAAAGUACAGGGACCCAGGGUGGAGGGAGUCCAAAUUCACUUGGAAGCAAAAAGCCACGGCAAGACUUUGAGAACCACGCUAUCACCCUUCUAAAAUAUACGUUUAAGAUGGUCACAGGGUGAGCCAAGUAGGAGAGAGGCUUGGCUUUGCUAAAUGGACCUCUAACAUCUAUUUUCUGAAACAGUCUCUUGCUUCAAAACAUCUCUAAGCUCCCACUGAAUGUUCAGCCAGACUGGCAUUGAAAGCAUAACCGUGGGAUGAAAUGUUUUUCACGUGAAAAAGUGGACAGUGUGGAUGUGCUGGACCAGCUCUGAGCUGGCUGGAGAUCUAGGCGAACGGCAGAAAGGCCUUAUUAGCGUACCUGUAGGUGCAGAGGGCCUGGGCAGGGCCCUUGCGUGUUGAGCCCUCCUCCUGGGCCCGGGUUUGGGGCGGCACCAUCGGAGAUGCUGAGAGCACCCUGAAAGGGGGCAGCCCACAUCAUCCUGGAGGCUUGAGCGAGAGUCCGGGUGGGACAGGGCCCCUCAGUAACUCACCAGUGACGAAGAAGGCCUUGUACCGCUCCACGCGGACAGUCUGAAGGGCUCCAUCCUCUCCGGCCGCCCCACUGUUGGGGUGAAACAGCACCUGGGAAAGGGGGGCAGGGCUUACAGACAAGAAAACCAUGCUAGAGGCUCCCUGGAAAGCAUUACUUUCUUUUUGCUUUUCUUUUGGCUGUGCUGUGCGCGGCAUGCGGGAUCUUAGUUCCAUUGGAAGCGCAGAGUCUUAACCACUGGACCGCCAGGGAAGUCUCAGCAUUACUUUCUUUGUCGUGGUCCCUGUUCCCCAUCACCCGCCAAACCCACCCUCUGACACCCAGCCCAGCCCCAAACACAGACACAGGCCUGUGGUCCACACCAUCCAACUCCCGGGAGCCUGUGUGAAAGAGCUCUUUUGCUAGUCAAUUAAUCGGAGUGGGUUAUAGCUCUGCUUGGAUUCCUAGGCCCAGUACUAGCCAUGUCAUCUGCAGAGUCCAGUGCAAGAUGAGAAUGAGAGAAACCUUGUCCAAAAAUUAAGAAUUUCAACUGUAUAGCACAAGGAAUUAUAAUAAAUAUCCUGUAACAAACCAUAAUGGAAAAGAAUAUGAAAAAGAAUGUAUAUAUGUGUAUAACCGAAUCACUUUGCUGUGCAGCAGAAAUUAACCCAACAUUGUACAUCAACUAUA